AUGGUGGAUUACGAGGUCAAAACGGCAUAUUCGGUUCUGCUACUUCCUGCAUUUCUCUGCGCCGUGCGAGCGGGCAACUACGACAAGGUCAGGAGCCGAGUCGCCAUGCUUCAGCGCCAGUUUGGAUUAACCGCGAAGCAAUUCGACUGGAAGAACUUCGGCAACUUGACGUUGAAGCUAAUAUUCAAGUUCGCCUCCUCGAUCGGCAUGAGCGUCCUCCCCAAUGACAAGCUCGAAAAAGCUAUCAGCCUUCGAUCGAAAGCGUACGCUUUCUACGCGACGAAGGAAGUCAGCGUUUGCGGAAAGACCAAGCUGCCACUUUCACCAGAUCUCACGAGGAUGAUGGCCGAAAUGGGCGACUCCGACAGGCUCCUCGACGUGUGGCAGGCGUGGCACAAUGCCGCCGGUACAGCUGUCAAGCCACAGUUUAUCGAAUACGUUAAGCUUGCCAUCGAGUCUGCGCAUCUUGACGGCUACAAAAACCUCAAGGAGGCAUGGCUGGACGAGUACGACGCGGCCAACAUGACCGAUGUCGUCGACAAGCUAUGGGAGGAACUGGAGCCCCUUUACAAGAAGCUGCACUGCUACGUGCGCAUGAACCUCAAGCAGACCUACCAUGGCUGCAUGCCUCCCGACGGCACCAUUCCAGCACACAUUUUGGGCGACAUGUGGGCCCAGGAGUGGCAUACACUGUACUCUCACCUCUUGAAGUACGGAAAUAUGACUGACGUGACGGCAGGGAUGAAAGAACAGAACUGGACGGCAGAAAAAAUAUAUCGGACGGCUGAGGAAUUUUUCACGAGCUUGGGACUGGGACCGCUCACGGCCACCACUUUCUGGAAUAAAUCUAUAAUUACGAAACCCGAAGACAGGGCAUUUGAGUGCGACGCCUCGGCGUGGGAUUUCGCUAUCGGAAAUGAUUACAGAAUCAAGGCGUGUACAAGCAGUGCAGCGGCUGACUUACAAACUGCUCAUCGCGAGGUAGGCCAUGUCAUAAACUACAUGUUGUACCGACCGCAACACGUACUUCUACGGCGAAGUGCUAACCCAGCUUUCCGAGAGGCCGUUGGCGACCUGAUUACCCUUUCAGUGAUGACCAAGAGCCGGCUCAAGGCGCUCGGUCUUCUGGCAGCUGGAGAUUAUCACGGCAAGUCCAAUCCGGCCGAGUUACUGCUGCUCACUGCCCUCGAGAAGCUCCCAAUGCUGGCGUACGCUUACUUCCUGGACAAGUGGCGGUGGUCGAUAUUCACGGGAGAGACCCCCUUCGACAGGAUGAAUGAGAAGUUCUGGGAAUACAGACUGAAGUAUCAGGGUGUCUCUCCGCCUAUACAGCGUUCCGAACAGCACUUCGACGGAGGCGCUAAUAUUCGCGUCGCCACGCAUGUACCUUACUUGAGGUACUUUCUCUCCUUCGUCAUUCAAUAUCAAUUCCACGAGCACCUUUGUAGAUCCAUCAAUCAGCUGGAUAAGGAUCAUCCUUUUCACGAGUGCGACAUUCAUGGCAAGCUGGCUGCAGGCAAGAUACUGAAAGAGGGCUUGUCGCUGGGUCGUUCCAAGCCAUGGCCCGACGUCCUGGAAAUUAUGGCCGGUACCCGUGACAUGUCAGCCUCGUCUCUGAAGAAGUACUUCGCGCCGCUCGAGAAGUGGCUCGACGAGCGCAUCAAGGGUGAAAAGAUCGGUUGGGGCGUCGUCGACGGUGAGUUUGCAUGA